ACACAGUUUCAAUCAAUAUCGUCUCCCUGCCCUCAUACUUUGAGCGGAUCUCUGCCUUUUCCAUUCCAGCUGGACCCUGACAUCAUGUCGACUCCUUUGAUUUGGUUUGUUUUCAUGAAUUUGAGCAUACUACUGAAGCCAGGAUACUGCACAGAAACAAGUGACCAAGUUCUAUCGAUCACCCCACAAACACAAGAACAAGUGGACAUCUUGAGGAAUGUAUCCACACACUAUGAGACAGUCCUGUGGCAGCCUGUUUCAAAUGAGUACAUCAGUACACAAGUGCAGGUCCACCUCUAUGUCCCUGCAAACAGCUCUGUGACAGUCAAGGCUAUACUGCAGAAACAUGGCAUAACACACAAGGUCUUACUGGCUAAUCCUAAUGUGCUGACCGAAAUGCAGAUGAAGAAUGACUCCACUGACCCACGAAGCGGCUCAACUUUUUAUGAGAGAUAUCACACCCUUGAGGAGAUUUAUGACUGGAUUAACAGAACUGCACAAGACAACCCCAGAACAGUCAAAGCCAUCCUUAUUGGUUCUUCAUACGAGAAGCGGCCGCUAUACGUUCUCAAGCUGUCUUUCAAUGACAGGCCAAAUAGGAAAGCCAUGUGGAUUGACUGUGGGAUCCACGCAAGAGAGUGGAUCUCUCCGGCUUUCUGCUUGUGGUUUGUGCACCACUCUUUGUCAUUUUAUCAGCAAAACACGGAAAUUACUCGCAUCCUGGACAGCAUGGAUGUCUACGUCCUGCCUGUGAUGAAUCCUGAUGGAUACAAAUACACGUGGACGGCAAUUAAGAGAAGGUGGUGGAGGAAGAACCGUUCCAUCAGUAAUUCGGGUUUUUGCGUUGGCGUUGACCUCAACAGAAACUUUGAUGUCGAUUGGGGCAUUAAGGGAUCCUCUCAAAAUCCUUGUGAGGAAAUCAACUGCGGGCCGUUUCCUGAGUCUGAGCCCGAGACGCAGGCUGUGGCCAACUUCUUGCGCAGACACAAGAACAUAGUUCAACUCUACAUCACCAUCCACUCCUACUCCCAGAUGCUCAUCUUCCCAUAUUCCUACACCUUUGAUCAAGCGGAGAACCACAACGAUUUGCUUGAGAUGGUCCAAGAAGCUGCCCAGAGGAUCAAACGACAUUACAGGAACACCUACACAUAUGGUCCUGGAGCAGCCACAUUAUACCCAUCAUCUGGCGGCUCUGACGACUGGGCGCACAAACUUGGCAUCAAAUACUCCUUUACGUUUGAGCUCCAGGACCGUGGGGAAUACGGCUUCCUGUUACCACCUUCUCACAUAUCCGGGGCCUGCAACGAAGCGCUGCUUGCGGUCAAGACCGUUGGUGUCAAGGUUUUGGAGAAAGCACAAGCUCCGGCAAACCAUCACACGAUCUAAGCAGUUUUGUGAUUGUAAUUAAACAAAUUUUUAGUUUCACUUGAGGAUCAGCUAACUUGUAACCUGUGUUCAGCACAUAACGUCUCUAACAUAACGUCUGUCUUGCAGAGAUUGAGUGGAACUGAAAAUUAUGGAUCCAAAAACAUUAGUUGACAGAAAAACUGUUUUAAAAGAAGUAGAAAAAAUAAGUAAUGGUGUUAAUGAUGUACUUACCCUGAAUAAAACAUGAUCCAUAAGAAA